AUUAGAAGUUAUUCAUAGUGUUCACUGUCUGGGCUCCACGCUAACAUCAAAGAUUAACAACGCGAGUUGUCUUUAUAUGUGCAUUCUCUAUUCAAAGCUGGCGUAAUGGUAGAUUUAUUUGGUGGUCGUGUGAAUAAGGACCAAAACAUUGUCGUACUAAUCCUUUUCGGCGUUUGUUGUUUUAUAAUUGGACAUUUCUUUAGUAGCCUUGUUCAAAAUAAUCCUAUUAUCGUCGAUGAAUGGAAAGAUAUUGUUACCUUUAUAGGAUCUUUAUGUCUCAAUACAGGAGACACGAUCUUGCAGCUUCUAAAUGCUUGUAUCUUUCCACUGAUCAUCAUCUGUAUUUUAUAUGCUGUGGUUUCGCUGAACACCAGAACUACAGAAAAUGUUGUUCGACACUCGGCGAUUUAUUAUUUAGGCAUAAUACUUAUCACAGUUGGCAUUAUACUGGCGUCGAGAGAGAAACUAGGGUGGAAUGGAAUUGCUAAGGAAGAACAGUAUGGUACCAUCAAGUCACCUGGCAAAUCUUGCAACGAUAUUCUUCAGAAAAGAUCAGAAGACUGUCUUCCCAAUGGCAUUUAUUGGAUUUCUAAUGAACCAAAUAGAAAUAGAAAAAACGCAUUUCCAGUGUUUUGUGACAUGAAAUCAGGAGAAUGUAAAACUGAGCUAGGAUUGAGAAAUGGUUUGAUUGGAGACUCUCAAAUUACUGCUUCUUCUUCGUUCGAUUCCAAUCAUGCUCCAGGAAACGCCAGAUUAUUUCGCCCACAGAACGCACCAAAUACAGGAGCCUGGUCUACUCGAACAAGCAAUGUCAAUGAAUGGCUUCAAGUUAAUUUCUUGAAAACGACAAAAAUAACCGGUAUCAGUACUCAAGGAAGACCUGCAUGUUGUGAUCAGUGGGUUACAUCGUUCUCCUUGUCCUACAGCGACCUUGGAACCACAUUUACACCAUACACAGUAAAUGGUAACACUCAGGUGUUUCAGGCUAACUCUGACAGAGAUUCCAUUGUUCACAAUAAAAUAUCACCUCAAUUGUUGCCAGUUUCAUACGAAUUGAACCAGUCUCAUGGAAUAAUCAUAUUUCUCUUCGUGCUGAAUUUUAUGGAUGUUGAUAAUUGGAACGUAACAGCUUCAUUUGUUUUGUUUAAGUGUAACUUUGAAGUAUUUUAUUGAUUUACUGAUCAAUAAAAAGUUGAAAGCAUUAUUUUACUGCUACCAUACUGAUACUGAUGCCAGAUUUGUUUUGCCACUCUUCCUUGGAUUCUACUUGAGUUGAAAUAAAUUGCUUUUUCUUAUAA